GAGGAGUUAUUUUGUCUAUUUAAAUAAUACUUCAAAUUGAGUUUUAUUCGGUGUUUAAUAAAAUUUGAAAUUCACUCAUUUUUAGGGGUUCUAAGUGAAAAUUGUUUUUCUCCUUUCAGUUGCAUGCUGCCAUUAGUCAUCAGGUUGACCCGGAAUUCCUUGGUUUAGGUCUGGACAGCGUCCUCCUGAAUAGCCUGAAGCAGGCAGUUGUGACCCUGGCCAGCAGCGCGGGCAUGCUGAGCACCGUGCAGUCGGCCGCCCAGGCCGUGCUGCAGAGCGGCUGGUCCGUGCUGCUGCCCACCACCGGGAAGCCAGACCGGGCACUCUCUGCUCUCCUGCCCUGCACAGUUUCAGGCAAUGAAGAGAACGUAAGUCCAGGUCAUCAAUUCAUGAUUGAUCUUCUGGUGGGCAACUUCAUGGCUGAUGGAGGGUUGGAGUCAGCUUUACACGCAGCCAUUAUUGCAGAGAUCCAGGUAUGGCCUUGGAGGCACACGUGACCUGGUGGUGCGCUGAGAUCGGACAUACCACACUCACACAUGUGAAGAAUAACAGAAAACAGUAAAACACUAAACUUUUAUGAUAUCCAAGUAUUUUUUAAGUUAAAAUUCUUUUAUGUGCUAAUUUAAAAAAUUAUUGAGAUGAUUUAAUUGUGAUAAAAUACUGCAUGUUGUCUGUUUCAGUGAAGUUAACAGGUAACCUAUUCAUCAUGUAGACCAUUCCCGUCACCCGGAAAGAUCCCUGUGCCCCUUGGCACUUGCAGCCAGGAUACUCCCCUGCCCUCAGAUUAGAUUCAUUUUGCCUGCUCUGAGUGUCACAGCAAUAUAACUGUAUAGUAUGCACUCUUUCCUGCUUUGCUUUGGAGAAUGAUUUUCAGAUUCACUCACUGUUCUGUGUAUUGUGACUUUGUUUUUAUUAUUGGGAAGUUUUCCAUUUUACAGGUGUAGUACUGUUUGCUAGUUCAUUCUCCUAUUGAAGGACAUUUAAUUGUUUUUCUUUUUUUUUGUUUGUUUUUUUUUUUUCCAGACAGGGUCUUGCUCUGUCACCCAGGCUAGAUGCAGUGACCUGAUGUUGGCUCACUGCAGCCUUGUCCUCCUAGGCUCAAUUGAUCCUCUGACUUCAGCCUUGUGUGUUGCAGGGACCACAGGCAUGUCACCAUGCCCGGCUAGUUUUUUGAUUUUUUUGUAGAGACAAGGUGUUACUGUGUUGCAAGGCUGGUCUUGAACUCCUGGG